AUGGCUCAAUCGAGCUCUGCGGAAGGAAUUACAGAUUUAAGCCGUUUUACUUCAUCAGGAAGGCUAUUCCAGAUUUGUGAACCCAUAAAUGAGAUUGAAGUUUUGCCAUGUUCUGUCCUCACCAUUGCCCAAACUACUGAUCGCACUGCACAGUUCGAAGCCCUAUGUGACAGAUACAGGCAGGUGGUUGACACGUGUGAAGAAGAUCUAAGAGGACGCCUUACCCUUACUGAACAGGAAUUGUUUGAUGGAGCUGAGAAUAAUAUGGUGUGUUUGGUAGAGGAAGGAGAGCAGAAUAGCGCUUAUGCCUGUGAAAUCUUGGAAAAAAUUUGCCUUGAAGUUGUCGACUGUUCAUCUACAGCUCGUUUCAGACGUUCUUCGUCUGUUUCUGCCGAAUCGUCAUCCGUUGAAUCUAGUGAAACAGACUGA